UAGCUCGAAAGUAGUUCUACCCCUCCAUGAUAGGUUCGAUGAGGGCGCUACAGUUGCUCUUCCUUGGGCUUUUGUUGGCUGACGGCAGCCGAGGGGAGGCCGAUCCCUACCUCCUGGAGCAGCUCAUCCAAAUGGAAGGCAUCUUGGAUGUCAAGGAACCUGCACUGGAACCCCACAACCCCACCAACUACGACUUCAUCGUGGUUGGGGGUGGCACCUCUGGCUGCACUCUGGCCUCCCGCCUCUCCGAGAACCCCCGCUGGACCGUGGCCCUGAUCGAGGCCGGCGGGGUGGAGAACGUGGGCCACCUCACACCGCUGCUCUCCAGCUACACCCAGCUGACUCCCUCCAACUGGGGCUUCAAGUCGGUGCCCCAGAACGUGUCCUGCCUGGGGAUGAUCAACCGGCAGUGCGCCCUUCCGCGCGGCAAGGUCCUCGGGGGCUCCAGCUCCAUCAACACCAUGAUCUACAACCGCGGCAAUCGGCGGGACUUUGACGGCUGGGCGGCUGCUGGGAACCCGGGCUGGAGCUACCGAGAGGUGCUGCCCUAUUUCCUGCGCAGCGAGAACGCCCACCUGAAGGGACUGGAGCACUCCCCCUACCACAACCACAGUGGCCCGUUGAGCGUGGAGUACGUCCGCUUCCGCACCAAGCUGGUGGACGCCUUCGUGGAGGCCGCCGUGGAAUCGGGCCUGCCCCUCACGGACUACAACGGGGAGUCCCAGAUCGGGGUCUCCUACGUCCAGGCCACCACUCUGAACGGCAGGAGGCACUCGGCCUACUCCGCCUACCUCCAACCCCAGAGGGAUCUGCGCCCCAACCUGCACAUCUUCACCUUCUCCAGGGUGACCCGUCUGCUGGUCGACGAGGCCUCCAAGUCCGCCUACGGAGUGGAGUUCGACUACCGGAACCAGAGCUACACUUUCAAGGCCCGCAAGGAGGUUAUCCUGUCCGCCGGGGUCUUCGGCUCGCCCCAGAUCUUGAUACUCGCCGGGAUCGGUCCUGAGGAGGACCUCAAGGCCCUGGGGAUACCCCUCGUACAAGCGCUGCCCGUGGGCCGGCGGAUGUACGACCAUAUCAGCCACUUUGGACCCACCUUCGUGACCAACACCAGCCGGCAGACGAACUACAUCUCGCGGGUCACCACCACCGACUUGUUGUCCUUCUUCUACGACGCGAAGGCCGACACCCGGCUGAGCUCGAUCGGCGGGGUGGAGGCACUGGCCUUCCUCAAGUCCAACCGAUCGCAGCUGCCGCCGGACUGGCCCGACAUCGAGUUCAUGAUGGCCCCCGGAAGCCUGGCCAGCGACGAGGGCACUAGCCUCAAGAUGGCCGCCAACUUCCGAGACGAGAUCUACGAGAAGCUCUUCAAGGACCUGGCAGAAGCCGAGCAGGAUCACUUCACGCUGCUGGUGAUGCUGUUCCACCCCAAGUCGGUGGGUCGCUUGUGGCUAAAGGAUCAGAGUCCCUUCAGCGCGCCCCAGCUCGACCCACAGUACUACAUGGAGGACGCCGACGUGGAGGUAGUCCUGGACGGGAUCAAGGCGGCGCUGAGGAUAAGCGAGAUGCCGGCCCUGCAGAAGAUCGGCACGAAGCUCCUCAACAAGACGGUGCCGGGCUGUGAGGGCUUCGCGUUCGCCUCCGACGACUACUGGCGCUGUUCCAUCAGGACUCUCUCGUUCACCAUCUACCACCAGACGUCCACCUGCCGCAUGGGGCCCCAGAGCGAUCCCCAUGCCGUGGUGGACCAUCGCCUCAAAGUGCAUGGCCUGAGGCGACUCCGGGUGGUGGACGCCAGUAUAAUCCCCGUGAUCCCAGCCGCCCACACCAACGCCGUGGCCUACAUGAUUGCCGAAAAGGCGGCGGAUAUGAUACGGUCCGAGUGGGGUCAGUAACGAUCGUCAAUAAAAGCACCUCAACACUUUAA